CUCCUGGGUAUGCCGCAUGACAGUUCAGAUAUCUGUACACAAGUCGGGGAGCUGCCAAGUUCCAAUCAGAUGAUGUCCAACCUGUUGACACGGAUCGAUUACUCUGAACCCUGGUCCAAGUGCAGCAGUAAACUCUCCCUGGGCUUCUUCGAAAGUGGACGAGCUGACUGCCUGCUGAACAAACCAGAGGUCUCUCUCGCAGAGUCAGCACCUCUGGCUGGGAGAAAUUAUGAUGCAAAUCAACAAUGCCGCCUAACCUUUGGACCAGGACAUCGCUGGAGGCCAGGAAGUGACCCCUGUCGCAUUCUUUGGUGCAUUGCCAGGCAUCAGGGAGAGUGGCUUCACGCCAGCAAACAGCUACCAGCAGCAGAUGGGACUGACUGUGGCCAAGGGAGGGUCUGUAUGCGGGGAGAAUGUGUCUCCAAUUGGCAACAAGCAAAGCCCAUUGAUGGUAACUGGGGAUCCUGGGGGCCCUGGGGCCAAUGUUCCCGGACGUGCGGUGGUGGUGUUCAGUUCUCUAGACGUCGCUGUGACAACCCACUUCCUGCCUCCUUCGGGAGAUAUUGUCAGGGACGGAGAGAUAUCUUCCAGUCUUGCAAUCUUACUCCUUGUCCUGACAACAAUGGUAGGACGUAUCGGGAUGAACAGUGUGAGGCCAGAAACAGACCUGCUCCCAACGGGCAGGGUUCCUACGAAGAGUGGGAGCCUUACUAUCAUGGCAUUCGCGAGACUGACCUCUGUAAACUGAACUGCCUCCUCAAGGGCACCUCGCAAGUCACUGUUUUCAACAUUAAGGUGAAAGAUGGGACUCGGUGUACUCCACACAGCGAUGCCAUUUGUGUCCGGAGCCGGUGCAUCAAGACAGGCUGUGACGGGAUCAUCAGAUCGAGGAAGCGGUACAACAAAUGUGGAACGUGCGGCGGGGAGGACUCGGCUUGCCAGCGGGUCAUCCGGCGUUUCCGCAACAGGACGGUCAACUACAGUGACGUGGCCGUGAUCCCCGUCGGAGCAGCCAACUUCAAAGCACGACAGGAGUUCAGGCGAGGGCAGACUCAGCUCACUGCCUACCUGGCCCUGAAGAGGCUGAACGGCAGCUACAUCCUUAACGGGGACACCCAGAUCUCGGGUUUCGACAGUCUCCUGACCGUGGGAGGGGUGGAUCUGCGGUACAUGGGCUGGAGCCCGCGGCGAGACGUGCUGCGGGCGGUCACGCGUGGCGCGCUGACUGAGCCGCUGGUUCUGCAGGUGUACAAUCCGAGCAGACAGCGGGUUGUCCAGGUCCUCUACUCUUACUAUGUACCCAAGGAGCAGGCAAACAAUGGCAAGCCCACCCGCAUGCCAACUGCAACACUAACUAGUUAUGGCGCACUGCCCAAUCCCACACUGACCGAAUGCACCAUGACCAAUGUCACAACUCCCACUACAACGUUGCCCACUCACAUGCCAGCUCCAGUGCUAACCACCCGCAUAGACAAAGACACGCUGGUUACACUCGGUUGCCCUGUGACACCAACCCACCACACAACAGCCAAGGGCAUAGUGCCCAGUCGUAGACCCACACUCUCAGUACCCAAUCGUAGGCCCACACUCACAGUGCCCAUUCACAGGCCAACACCCACAGUACGCCGUCAUGGAACGACACCCAAAAUGCCUACUCGCAGGCCAACACCCAGAGUACCCAGUCGCAGAACCACACCCAGAGUACCCAGUCGCAGAACCACACCCACAGUGCCCAGUCGUAGAACCACACCCACAGUGCCCAGUCGUAGAACCACACCCACAGUGCCCAGUCGCAGAACCACACCCACAGUGCCCAGUCGCAGAACCACACCCACAGUGCCCAGUCAUAGAAACACACCCACAAUGCCCAGUCACACGUCUGCUCCAACUCUAAGCUCUCGCUCGAUAACCAAAGCCACACAGUACUACGGCCAGCCGGGUAAGAGGGAGCCCUCACGUGGCCUGCACAAUGCUACACUGCCCACUCCCAAACGACACACCCACUCAUUUUACAGACCACCACGGCCCACCCGCAUACGGCUCAACCCACAACCAUCCCGUACCAAGGCCUCUUCCACCAGCUGGCACCCUGGGCCAUGGCAGAGCUGCUCAGUCACGUGCGGGGUAGGGUGGCGGGUUCGGUGGCUACGAUGCCUGGAUAGGCAUGGUGUUCUCUCAGCAGGCUGUGACUACCGGGCGAAGCCAGCUGGUAUGGCUCUGUGUGUGAUGCAGAAAUGUUGAGAGGUGGGGGUUAUGGUGUCAAUCUUCAACAAUCCCCCCACUCCCCACUUCUAGUCCCCUUCAAACACUCCCAGGAAAUGUCCAGCACAGGGUGAGAUACAGAGUGAAGCUCUCUCUACAUUAAGUACAUCAAACACUCACAGGACAGGUACAGCUCAAGGUUGAAUAGCAUUUAAAAUUCCCCCUCAUCCUCACCCUUCAGAUGCAAAGGGCAGAUUCAGCACAAGUUUAGACACAGAUAAAGCUUCAAAAGAAUUUUAAAUUAUCGUUUGAUUCUGUUUCGACAUUCUUCCUAUAAGAUGCUGACUUUCAGUCAGGGUCUCCCCAUGACUGAUGUUCUCUUAUAAUUCACAUUGUGUUGUGUGAUAUAAAUCUCUUCUCUUGAA